GGUUAAGGGUUUCUCACCUGUGUGACAGCUGCCAUCUUCAACACACCGAGGGCUGACCUGGGGACCUCCAGAGCUAAAAGCACAUACUGCUACAGCUUGAGCUAACAAACCCACACACGGUAAUGGGGUGUGUGUGUCACAACUCCCAUCCUCUGCAGAUUGGCAGACAGGGACCUGUAACACACACUCCCCCGUGGAUUAACAUCUGAUUUUACUUGCCAACACUUUCUGAUCUUGCAUCCGGGACUAAAUCCUGCUUGCCUGACUCCAGUGACUACAGACACUGAAUCAAAACAAAGCCAUUGAGUGUCGUAUGAAGAACAAAACCCCGUCCACGACUGUGUUCCGGCAGCUUGGCAGAGUGGCCCUAGAUCCUGAGAAGCCACGAUUCUGGCAGGAUCGUCCUAGGGCGGAGGGAUCUGCAGAUGGCACACCUAGGGCACCUCUUCCCCACCCGCUCUUAAUCUCUCAUUCAUACGACGCUCUGGCUCAUGAGAGAAGCAGUAUAUCCCAGAUGCCUCCUAUUUGUCCAGACUUGCACAACUUGCAUGGCCAGGGAAAAGUCCCUCUCUUUGUCCCAAUGGAUAAAUCCUCCCCACCCCAUGUGACUUACAGGCACCGUUCUGUUUUCCUUGGGGCCUGAUGGUAUGAAAUAAACGUGCUGAGUAAGAGCUUGGCACGCUCAGCCCCUCACUUGUUAUUAAUUCCUGAGAUUUGGCUGCAAACUCAUACAGCUCAUGCUGUGACAUCCGCUCUGGAAAUUCCAUUCUGCUUCGUUUUGUCUCUCUGCCUCUGGAAUUCCCUAUAAAGGGAGAGGAGACUAGCCUCUCAGUGUCACAGCUGGUGUGUGCCGUCGCCCCUGGCCCAGCUCCGCUCAGCCUCUCUCCACAGCAACAUGAAGGUCUGCGUGGCUGCCCUCGCCGUUCUCACCAGCGCUGCCUUCUGCUCCCUGGCCUCCUCUGCCCCACUGGGAUCGGACAUGCCCAUCUCCUGCUGCUUCUCCCACACGGCCCGCCAGAUCCCGCGCAGCAUGGUGGUGGAUUACUAUGACACCAGCAGCAAGUGCUCCUUACCUGCUAUAGUGUUUAUUACGAAGAAAGGCCGGGCCCUCUGUGCCAACCCCAGCAACUCCUGGGUCCAAGCCUAUGUGACCCACCUGGAUCUGAACUGAGCAGAGCUGGGGACAGAGAAUUAUUCCUAUUUAUUACAUGUAUUACGGUAGCACUUCACAGCCCCAUUGUACAAGGUGCUGUCACAUGGGACAAACAGGCGAUUCCUGACCCUGAGACCUGGUCACCUAAGGACAGAGUUCAAAGGGCCCCGGAAGGAUCUCACCUCACUUCUGCUGACACACGCCAGGAUGCUGCUACCAACCCACUUUUCAAACAACUGACAAACGCUGGACUUUUAACAUAUCAUGUGAAGCUAUUUAAGACGUGCAGCUGGGACCACAUUCGUUGUAUUGCUAAUUAUAUUAUUUAUGGAAUGCAUGCAGGUGGGUUACAUGACUCCCCGUGCAUCGCAGGGACUGAUACAAAAACACGCCAGGCUGUUGAAUGUGUUGGGUUCUUUGUGCUGUAAUAUUAGGCGACGACCAGGGAUUGGGUAGAGUGAU